UUCCAUCACUAGUUUAGUUUAAUGUAAAGGCUGAUAUGUUUGGGCAAAGAGAAAAGAACAUCUGUAAUUUGGGUUUUCGCUUUCUCCGACGAUUUUCAAAUCAAAUCGAAGCGAUCAAUGGAGACCGAAGACGCAGAAACGGCGCCAAGAAACGACAACUUGUGGUUGUUGAAAUCCAUUUUUUCUAAGAAGACUAAAGUCCAAGGGGACGCUGAUGCCGACUCCAAACACUCGGGGAACGAGAAUCUCCCCAUUCCUUUCCUCUCUCCUCACGCUAAUUCUGUAGUCUCGCACUGCUCCAAGAUCCUCGGCAUAUCAACCAAUGAGUUACAGGACCGAUUUAAUGAGGAGCUACCUGAUAAUGUUAAGCAACCUCCGUCCUAUGCUAGGAACUUUCUGGAAUUCUGCUCGUUUAAAGCACUGCAUCUUGCCAUAACUCGGCCUAAUUAUUUGAAUGAUAAGGAAUUUCGCCGUCUAACUUUUGACAUGAUGAUUGCAUGGGAGGUCCCUGGCGUUGAUAGUGACCUGAUAGAUAAAGAAACUGCUUCUUGCAGCAAUCAGGACAUUGAGGGUGAGGAUGGUUGGUCACUGUUUUAUUCCAAUUCGACAAAAAUGGCUGUUCAGGUUGAUGACAAGAAAACUGUUGGACCAGAGGCCUUUGCUCGGAUAGCUCCUGCCUGUCCAGUUAUUGCUGAUAUAACUACAGUUCAGAAUCUUUUUGACGUUUUGACAAGUUCUUCAGGUCACCGACUUCAUUUUCUAAUAUACGACAAGUACCUACGGAGUCUUGAAAAGAUAAUAAAAUUUGUGCAAAAUGCAAUGGGGCCACAAGUUAUUGCCAAUCUUUCACUUGCUCAGGAUGAAAUUGUUAUAGAUGUAGAUGGCACAGUUCCCACCCAACCGGUUCUGCAGCAUACUGGAAUGUCCGCAUGGCCAGGGCGGUUGACAUUGACAAACUAUGCUCUUUACUUCGAGUCUGGCGUGGGAUUAUAUGAUAAAGCUGUAAGAUAUGAUUUGGCAACAGAAAUGAAACAAGUUAUAAAGCCUGAAUUAACUGGACCCUUGGGCGCUCGUCUAUUUGAUAAAGCUGUGAUGUACAAGUCAACAUCCAUAGCAGAGCCUGUCUAUUUGGAAUUUCCUGAAUUCAAAGGUUGCUCAAGGAGGGACUACUGGUUGGAUAUCUGUCUAGAGAUUCUCAGAGCUCACAAGUUCACUAGGAAGUAUAAUAUGAGAGGAACUCAGCAAUCUGAAGCAAUUGCUCGGGCAAUUAUUGGAAUAUUUCGAUUCCGUGCAGUUAGAGAAGCCUUCAGUGUCUCAUCAUCCAAUUACAAAACUCUGUUGUGUUUUAACUUGGCUGAGAGUAUUCCUGGGGGAGAUAUGAUAAUGGAAACUCUAUCAAAUCGGUUGAAACUCAUAAGUUCCAGUGCUGGACAACGUGAUGUUGUAAGCUCUCCUAAGGGGAAUAGACCAGCUGCCUAUAUGACUCUUAUUGCACUCAAAAUUGUUUCAUCCAAAGAGGCAGCAUUGAAUAGUGAAGCUACAUAUGAGGGCGGAGAUGUCUGUGUGGGUGAAUCAGAUCCAUUAGAAGCUCUGCUGAAGCAGUUGAAACAAGAUACUGGAAUGGCUGAAGCUGCUCAAGCAACUGUUGAUCAAGUGAAAGUGGAAGGGAUUGAUACCAACAUAGCUGUGAUGAAGGAGUUGCUUUUUCCUCUGAUUGAAACAUAUAACCGCUUGCAACGUUUGGCUUCAUGGAAUGAUCCCUAUAAAUCAAUGAUGUUUGUGUUAUUCUUCAGCUAUAUGAUAAUUAGGGACUGGAUCAAGUACAUUUUACCAUCCAUUUUCGUAUUUUUGGCACUAGUCAUGCUCUGGCGCAGGUAUGCUUGGAAAAGGAGGCAACUGGAAGCUUUCAAAAUUGUACCACCCCCUGCUAAGAAUCCAGUGGAGCAGCUGUUAACAUUGCAAGAAGCUGUAACUCAAGUUGAGUCUCUCAUCCGAAAUGGCAACAUUAUUCUUCUCAAAAUACGAGCACUUCUAUUUGCUGUUCCUCCGCAGGCAACAGGGAAGGUGGCUCUGUUAUUGUUUUUGACGGCUCUGGCUAUUACCUUUUUGCCAUUGAAAUAUCUUUUGUUAUUAGCAUUUUUGGAGUUUUUUACAAGGAACAUGGCCGCGAGAAAGGAAAGCAGUGAAAGAGGGAUGAGACGCGUUAGAGAAUGGUGGACCAGGAUACCCGCUGCGCCUGUUGAGGUUAUGAAGCUCGAUGACAAAAAGAGGAAAUGACUGAGGGAAUGUCCCAAAGAAACAUAUGAAUCAUCCAUAGUUUCAUAUGCUUGUGAGUUGCUGCUCAGUUUUGUGUACAUAACCCGAGCGCUCUCAGCUCUUGAUUUAGAUUCCACUUUAUUGCAUUUCGCUAUAGCCCACUGAAAGAAGCCUCGCUCUUUCUCGCUAAUGAUUUCGCUUCGUUUUAA